AUGGCGCUCAACACAUUGGACACGAAAACUCGCGAAGUCAUGGCGGCCGCGUACGCCAUACCAGACCUAGAGACGGCCGUGCAGCAAGGUAUACCCCGCUAUGUCAUCUACAAUGCGAUCGACGCUCACGCGAAGAGGAUCAGGCUGUCACUGAACGUUGCCGAUGCUUCCUUUUCGGCUGUAGAUGAUGGUGAUGGCAUCCAGCCAGACGAUCUCUACAAGUUUGUCGGUGGAUGUUACGCCUCAUCAAGAGGGUCACCGUCGGCAAACUCUGAGAAGCAUCAAAGGGCAUACGGGUCUCGCGGCGCCUUUCUCUUCGAACUGAUCACACUUGCGAAGGUGGUUGAGGUCGAAAGCCGCGUCCAAGACCAUUGGACUUCGUGGCGGAAAGUGUUUAAGGAAGGGCAAGUUGCCUUCAAUGCUGCCUCAAAGCAGAUUAUCGACGCAGGGACCAAAGUGUGUGUGUCCAACCUGUUUGGGAAGCUUCCAGUGAGGCGCAAGGACUUAUUACACAACAGGAAGUAUCGAAGACAAGUGAUCCAGAAUAUCCGCAGCUUCUGCGUGAGCAUGGCGAUGAUUUGGCCAUUGUUAUCGCUUGACAUCCACUUUGAAGGUAUAAAGCGAGGAUUUUUUUCCUAUAUUGGCCCGUUGAUGACUCGGUAA